CAAGCCUGAAAUUUGAGACUUUGGAGGCGGGGCCAGUGGCUGAUGUCUCGAUGUCUCCGUUCUCCACUCAUUUGAUUGGUCACUUUCAACACCGAUCAGGUGCAGUCAAGAGAAGAUGAGAGGUUGAGAGAAGAAAGAUUUUCAUGGACCAUCAUGUCGGAACAACUAAGACAUCACAUUUAUCAAAGGCUUUUGCAUAAAAUAGAACUGGGAUUCAACACAACACCACUGAAUUUGGAUUACUUCGAAUUUGUUUGUCGUCAGGAGCUGUAUCUUCUGCAUGCCCUAUCCAAUCAUGUAGAAGUACAUCCUGCUAUCACCCAGGCUUUGCAAGAUCUCUUUGACCUUGUGAAGGCACAACUGGAACAUCCAGACACAUGUUUCACGGUGGAAGUUGCUGCUGGUACCACAGGGCGACCCAAAAUUUUGAUUGGAGAACAAUGCUUGAAAGAAAUGCUCCAUACUCGACUUCCUGUGUCUUGCAUAGCUAAACUGAUGGGUGUUUCAAGAAGCACAGUCUUCAGACGAAUGGAAGAGUACGAGCUCUCUGUCAGGAACAUGUAUAGUUCCAUCAGUGAUGAUGAACUUGACGGUUUGGUUGCUUCAAUCAAGAAUCAUUUACCAAACGCUGGCUACAGGAUGGUCAGAGGGAGACUGGAGUCAAUAGGCCAUAGCGUUCAGUGGAGAAGAAUUGCAGCCUCCAUGCAUAGGGUUGAUUCUGUGGGCAUCAUCUCAAGGCUGUCAAGUCUUGGCUGUGUUGUACGCAGAGUUUACUCUGUACCAGGACCCUUGUCUCUGGUACAUGUGGACACAAACCACAAGUUAAUCAGAUACAACAUUGUGAUAUUUGGAGGAGUGGAUGGUUUCUCCAGGAAGAUAAUGUACUUGAAUGCAGCCACAAAUAACUGUGCAUCAACGGCAUUUCACUUCUUCCUUGAGGCAACUCACCUGCAUGGUUUACCUUCAAGGGUAAGAGCUGACCAGGGAGUGGAGAACGUGGACAUUGCCCGGUUUAUGUUCACUGUCCGUGGCACUGAUCGGGGAAGCUUCAUCUCGGGAAAAAGUGUGCACAACCAAAGGAUAGAACGAUUAUGGCGAGAUGUGUGGAUUUCAGUAUCAUCGAAGUACUACAAUCUUCUGCACUCCCUUGAAGAAGAUGACCUCUUGGACAUUUCAUGUACAGAUGACAUAUUCUGUGUGCAUUAUGCAAUUCUUCCAAGACUCAAAAGAGACUUGGAGAUAUUCACUGAAGGCUGGAACCACCAUCCACUACGUACUGAGGGAAACCGGAGUCCGACACAGAUUUGGGAAAUUGCUCGGAUGCUAAACACCAAUGUACAUUCAGAGAACUUUGCAGACCUUCAAGAGCCAGACAUUGACUGGGACACCGCUGUUGACUUUGAUGGCCCUGACUCAGAAACUGGUGUUAUAGUGCCUGAAUACGAGUGCCCUCUGACUGAAGAGGAGAUGACGGAACUCCAAUCUUUGGUUGAUCAAGCUGAUCCAAACAUUGAUGAUGAGCAGCUAUACAUUCUCUGCUAUCAACACAUAAAACGGCUGCAGACACACAGUUAACCUCUUCAGGUCUGAUGUUCCAAUCAUUGCAAACACGUUGCCUCGUUUAGGUCCUCUAGUUAACGAUCACAUACAUGCUAAGGAAUUUUGCCUUAGCAGUCUUUUAGUUUGUCUGUGUUUGAACAACAGUUUUGUAAUGUAUAUUUGAAAUAUUGCAAACACUUUUUUUCUUUUAACAUUUUUUUUAUUGCACAAUUUCAAUAAAUUUAACAGGUAACGAUUUGUAAUUCAUGUAUUUGAAAUGCUUCUGAAUUUCAAAAAUAUGCAUGGAAAGUAUCAGAAAUGUAAGAAAGCAUUGAUACUGCAUACUUGAUACAACACUCCUUAACGCUAAUAAAGUACUACUAAAAACUACAAGGUUUUAUGAAUGCAUACUCAAACAUGAAAAUUCUGUCGUUAAUUAUUCACCCUCAUGUCGCUCCAAACCCGUAAGACUUUCACAUUAAUUAUCACGGCCUGCGAUAAUUAAUGUGAUAUGGCUCAGCUUGUCAGUGAACUACGGUUCUGAGUAGGAAAUGCCGCUCCAUCUGAAAGCAGGUGAUGGCGAUUUACUACUCAUCAAGGAACCGGCUUUACUGACGAGAUGCGCAUAACAAUUUCAUGCGAUAUAUCGCCCAGCCCUAGUUGACACUAAAAUAGACUUAUUGCGUGUUGGAGAUAUUUUGCAAAUGAAGUGGUAAAUAGUUUUUUGCACAAAGUACUCGAGUUGAUUCAUAAAAUUAAGGUUUUAUUAAUCACUGGAGUCACAUGGAUUACGUUAAUGAUGUCUUUACUACCUUUCUGGGACUUGAAAGCGGUAGUUGUGUUGACUGUCUAUAGCAGGGGUGGCCAACCCUGGUCCAGGAGAGCCUCAGUCCUGCAGAGUUCAGCUCCAACCCUAAUCAAACACACCUGAACAAGAUAAUCAAGGUCUGAAAGGUUGCUAGAAAGCUACAGGCAGGUGAGUUUUUAUGAGGGUUGGAGCUAAACUCUGCAGGACUGAAGCUCUCCAGGACCAGGGUUGGCCACCCCGGUCUAUAGAGUGACAGAAAUCUCUCAGAUCUCAUCAAAAAGGUCUUCCAUUUGUGUU